CGCAUUUCUAAGGAUAUCAAAGGCCGGGAUCCAGGGCAACGGCCGACGGGAACUGCAACCUGCAAAAGACGCCGGCUGCCGGAGAGAAAGAUGCAGAAGAAGGCACUGAUAUUCGACGGCGAGGUCCUACUGAGGCGGCUACCUAAACAAGAAACAAGACCUGUUCUGUCUGUCCCCAAUUCCUGACGGAACUUCCUUCCCUCUCUAUGUUUUCCUCCCAUUGUGAGGGUCGUUUGAUUCCUGUCUCCGGCGUCCGUCUCGCUCUUUCUCCAACUCUUCGCCAUUUUGAGUCUGUAACAACAUGAUUUCGUCUUCGCUUCUCGUCUCUGCGAUUUCCAGGCGGUAAUUAGUUUCUUCUACUUCUCGAGUAAAUUAGGAGUUUCUGUCUAAUACGGCCAAUCGCAUACGCCAUUGUAGGUCUAACAGUCCCAAAUUCCUAUUGCUAUCUCGUUGUAGUAACUUCAUUGUUUGGUUUAAGGAUUAAUCUGGAGCCGGCCUCCAGAUUCGAUGUUGCUCUAAUACUCAAAACUUCACUAUCAGGCAGGCGGGCGCCUAAUUGUGACAUGCGGAAUCUGCCAAAUCCUAGGAUGAUUAAUCUUCCCAUUCCUGGUUUGAUUUUCCCUCUUGGAGGAUUCUGAUUAGAUUUUUAUUUGAAUCAUUAAUUUGCAAGCUGACUCAUAGGUACAUAGUAAAUGGGAAGGCGGCAGCUUUGCUUGAAUGAGAGGUUCUGAGUAAAGGGUAGUCUUUUUCAUUUUCUCGUCUUCUACUUUCCCCACAGAGCCAUUUUCUUCUGUUCGCUUUAAUUUAGGCACUAUUAGUGUUCGUGAAAUGCAUUUUGUUUGAUUCGUUUGUUGACGAGUUUGAGCUUCAUUGUUUUCGAAAUGGAGAUAUUGCAUCUACCAGUUGUUACUUUCAACCUGUGCAUGCUUUGCAUCGGUCUAUGCUCAACAAUUUAUGUUUCAGGUGUUGAAGGUGUCAGCAAUGUGACUGAUCGACUCGCAUUGCUCGACUUGAAGGCUGGUUUGAUAGAUGGGCCAUAUGGAACCUUGAGCUUAUGGAAUGACUCCAUUCAUUUUUGUCAAUGGCCUGGAGUUGUGUGUGGGAGUGGGGAUCAGAGGGUCACUGCUCUGAGGCUGGACGGUCUUGCUUUGGGUGGCUCCAUUUCUCCUUCCAUUGGGAACCUGACAUACCUCUCAGAAAUUCAACUUGCCAGCAACAGCUUGAAAGGUACACUUCCCAAAGAGAUUGGUCAGCUUUCCAGGAUGCAGGUUUUCAAUCUGACCAAAAAUUCUCUCACUGGUGAAAUUCCUGCCGAGCUGACAAAUUGCUCCAAUCUCGAAAGCAUCUCGUUAUCGGACAAUAAUUUUGUGGGUGACUUUCCAUCCUGGUUUGGGUAUCUCUCCAAGCUCACUCACUUAGAAAUAAAUAAAAACAAUAUAACUGGAGUUAUACCACAAUGCAUUGGGAAUCUCUCUUCUCUUGUGGUUCUGUCGGUUUCGAGGAACAAUAUUAUGGGCAGCAUUCCAGACCUUGGUGGACUUAAGGAUCUGUCUACUCUUUCUUUAUCCCAAAAUCGGCUCUCUGGAACACUGCCAUCAUCCAUUUGUAAUCUGUCUUCUCUUGAGUUACUUUCUGUUGCGGACAACAUCUUAUCUGGACAACUUUUACCCAACAUGGGUCUGUGUUUUCCUAAACUCUGGUGGUUAUCUGUAGGGAUCUGUCAGUUUUCCGGAGAACUACCUUCUACUCUCGGCAACAUGUCAAGUCUGGAGGUUCUUGAUGCUGGUACAAAUUAUCUGACUGGUCGAGUGCCUGAUAACUUGGGAGUGCUCAAAAAUCUGAACUGGCUCAGUGUUGAAGAUAAUAGGUUGGGUGGUACCUCUGGAGAUGACUUCAGUUUCUUAGGCUCUUUCAUGAAUGCUACCAAACUUGAAGUUUUGAGUUUGGCAGGUAAUGGGUUUAGAGGUGUGUUUCCUAGUUCCAUAGUCAAUCUUUCAAGCAUUACAUGGCUUACUCUUGGGAGUAAUGGUAUAUACGGUGAAAUCCCAGAAUCAAUUGGUAACCUUGUCAACUUGACUAUUUUUGCUGUCGAGAAUAAUUCUCUCACUGGUCGAAUCCCCAGUUCAAUUUGCACUCUUGAGAACUUGGGUCAACUGGGUUUACAAUUUAACCAGUUAUCAGGUUCUGUACCAUCCUGUCUUGGUAACCUGAAGCUUCUGUUCCUUGUAAAUCUGGGCCACAACAAUUUUUCAGGAGAAAUUCCUCUCUCCUUGGCCAACUGUUCGUCGAUGCAGCACCUCUUCUUUGCUAGUAAUCAGCUUAGUGGCAGGAUACCAGCUAAUUUAUUGGGUCAACUGCCCCAAUUGAUCUCAGUCCGACUGGAUCAAAAUUCCUUGACUGGCUCCUUCCCUCCCGAUGUGGGGAGCUUGAAACACUUGAUGACUUUGAUUGCAAGUAACAACAAGUUGAGUGGUGCUAUUCCAGAAACACUUGGAAACUGCCUGAAUUUGGAGUACAUUGACUUGUCAGGAAACUAUUUCCAUGGAAGCUUACCUACAUCUCUCAGCAACUUGAAAGGAAUCCGGUUUCUAAACCUCUCUCGCAACAAUUUGUCAAGCAGCAUUCCGGAAGAACUACAGGGGCUUCAGUUCAUGGAGCACUUGAAUCUGUCAUUCAACCAGCUAGAGGGCCAAGUUCCAAGGAAAGGAGUUUUUGCAAAUGCCAAGACAGUUUCAGUUGCAGGAAACAAAGGACUUUGUGGUGGCAUCCCAUUAUUUAAUCUUCCAGUGUGUGCUAGUAGAAACACAAGGGUGGCGAAGAAGCUCAAACUUCCCCUGAAAUGGAUUGUAGCUGUAACAGUAAGUUGCAGCCUCUGUGUAGUGUUGAUCACUAUUAUUUAUAUUGUUUUCAGUUGCGAGAGGAGGAAAAAUCAGAACGUGGAUUUGUCUCAACCUUUUGGGGCAAACAAGUUUCUAAUGGUGUCUUAUAAAGAACUGUUUGAUGCCACUGAUGGGUUUGCCCACUGUAACUUGAUAGGCACGGGCCAGUUUGGUUGUGUGUAUAGAGGAUUUCUCAGUGAAGAUGAAAGACCAGUUGCUGUAAAAGUAAUGAACCUUCAGAAGCAUGGAGCGUCAAGCAGUUUUACAGCUGAAUGUGAGGCUUUAAGAACGGUUAGACACAGGAAUCUUGUCAAGAUAAUAACUGCUUGUUCAAGCAUGGACAACAAUGGUAACAAUUUCAAAGCGUUUGUGCUUCAGUUGAUGCCUAAUGGGAGCUUGGAGAGUUGGUUGCAUAAUCGGUUGCAUGAAAAAGGGGAUGAUGGUGAGUCGGGAUAUCUGAAUCUUUCCCGAAGGUUGGACAUAGCACUUGAUGUGGCCCAUGCAUUGGAGUACCUUCACCGUGAUUGUGAGACUCCCAUUGUUCAUUGUGACCUCAAGCCUAGCAAUGUUCUUCUUGAUGAUGACUUGGUUGCUCAUGUUAGUGACUUUGGCUUGGCCAAACUCUUUGCCAGGAGUGGUGGUACAGUUCCCAUAUCGUCAUCAGUUGUUAGGGGAACCAUUGGUUAUGUUGCUCCAGAGUACGGAUUGGGCUGCUCUGUUUCCCCAGAAGGAGAUAUCUACAGUUAUGGGAUUCUUUUGUUGGAGAUGAUUACAGGGAAGAAGCCGACAGAUGAAAUGUUCAUCGCCGGUAUCAGCCUUCACAAUUAUUGCAAGAUGGCAUUGCCUGAUGAUAUCCAGGGCAUCUCAGAUCCAUCAUUGUUUGAAGAAUCUUAUGAAGAGAGGCAUAUGAAGGAGUAUAGAUUGAGGUGUUUGGUUUCUCUGGUUCAGGUAGGAGUUAAGUGUUCUGCUGAGUUGCCAGGUGACCGGAUGAAAGUUGCUGAUGUGGUCAUAGAACUUGGUGGCAUCAAAGCCAGGAUUGCAUCAUCAAAACCUCGAUCAAAAUCAUACAAAUCCAUGUUUCACAGUGAGCCUAAUGAAGAGAUUCUGGAAAUUGCCUGCUGAUUCUGUACAUCAUACUGUAGCUUUGCUGUUUUUCUCCCGUCAUAUGCAAGAAAGUUGGAAAACAAGACAUGAAUGCUGUGGAUUUCCCCUUUGUUUCCCGGCUCUCUACUCGCUGGCGGUAAUUUCUUAGCUACUUUCGCCUUUAUAUUCGGUUUUAACUGUGGCUUAGCUGACCAACAAAACAAAGGGAAAGCAAGUACAGAAAUAUAUAACGAUAUAGGUCACGUUAUAGUAUUUUCUAUUCCACUUAAUUGGAAGCAAUAUAAUCAAUGCACACUGAGCUAGGAGCAACACUUGUUCAACCCAGAUUCUCACUGCUACUUAAAUUUCAUGCCUGGUUCAGCACUUACACAUAUCUCUGUUGUUCUUUCGUUCCUUGAUGUACCUCAACCUUCAAAACAGGAGUUCAAUCUUCUCUAUGUUUGUUCAGGGUUUAAACUUGGCCACCUGCCCUUAUUCCAUAUCAAUUCUGGUAUGGUGGUCUCAAUCGUAU